AUGCAAACCUACUUCGAGUAUGCUUCUCUUGAGGAGAAUCCGAGAUAUUCAUGCGUCAAUAACACGAUGAGCUAUGAAGAAAUGGCGGCUCGUCAUGAGAAACAUCCAAUUAUUGGCGGGAUUUUCAUCGUUGCCGGGAUUUUCUUCGAGAUCUGUUACAUCCUAUCAUUGUCAGUGAUUUGGAGUAAAGAGUUCGUGCAAAUGUCAUGCUUCAAAUUAAUGUUUUGUUUAGGUGUCGUCGAUUGUUUAUGCAUUGUGCUAAGCAAUUUCCUUUCCGGUUUCUUCUACAUUGUCGGCUUUGAGUAUUGUAUGGCGCCACAUAUGAGCUUCAUCAUGGGCGCUUUAGUGAAUGGGUUUUUCAACACUUGUUGUAUGCUUUGUCUUUUCCUUGUUUUCAAUCGUCUAGUGGAUGUGUGGAAGCCGCAAUUUGGCGAGAUGCUCUUCAAGGGUGGUCGGACUUGGAUUUUCGUCUUUUUGGCUGUUGCUUAUGGGAUUUUCUUCGCGAUAAUCCCUCCACCAUGUCUCUUUAACGCUGAUUAUGGGACUGUUAUCUAUCAUCCAUUGAUUCCAGGAAAAGAAAAUUUAGAGUACACAUCAAUCUACCAAACUGUCGCAAAUUUGAUCACCGGAACGUCGAUUUGUCUCUGCUAUGUGCUUAUCUAUGUGAUUCACUCGAUUCGAAUGCGCGGUGUUGACGCGAAAUCUCAAUCUCGGGUGCAGAGAAAGAUCCUGAUCCAAGCGGUUUGCGUGUGCUUCUUCACUUUCACGACAGCUACAAUCUGGGGUUCGCUCAUCUUUAUCCCGCCAUAUCCAUUCAUGAUGCAUUUGGGACAAUUGAGCUGGGAGCUCAUGCAUGGAAUGCCAGCAAUCGUCUAUCUCUUCUUGAACAAAACGAUUCAACGUCAGGCUUUCAGAAAGGUAAGCGAUUGCUUGAAAAUGUUCAACUUGAUU